AUCAACUUUAGCACCCUCUCUAUAUUUGUGACUUUGGCUGGUUGGGAAAACUUUAGUAGAUGUGAAUAUGUAAGUGGAGGUGGAACAAAUCUGUGACAUUGCAAUGUCUCUUGGUUAAAGUGGGCCCAGAAGCUUGUUUGUUUUAGAGCUGGGCCUGGUAGCUCAGCAGGAAGAGGGAUUGAUGCUCAUUAUCUUGCUGAGGGCCAAGUUCAAUUCCCAGCUCUCAACUCAGGUGGCUCACAGCCACCUGAACUCCAGUUCCAGGGGAUCAGAGGGCUCUGUGGUUUGUUUGGUCACCUGUGCUCCUGCAAAAUCCCACCUGCCCACUCAUCUUCAUCCACAUACAAGCCUACUAAUGCCAUCAUGGAACUAGAGAAGGUUUUGGAAAAAUGAUGAGGCUGCUGGAGGAGUAACCUACCUCAAGUUUUGUCAUCUGAUGUACCUUUUUAAAAAAAAGGAUUUAUUAUAUGUGAGUACACUGUAGCUGUCUUCAGACACACCAGAAGCAGCCAUUAGAUCACAUCAGAGAUGGAUGUGAGCCACUGUGUAGUUACUGGGAAUUGAACUCAGGACUUUUGGAAGAGCACCCACUGCUCUUAACCGCUGAGCCAUCUCUCCAACCCAUAUAUUAUCAUUUUAAAAACAUGAGCUUGGCCAUGGUGACACAGGCCUUUGGUCCCAGCACUCAGAAAUCAAGGCGAGGCUGGUGGGCAGGGCAAGUUCCAGGACAGCUAUGCUAAAUAAGGAGACCCUUUUUUUUUUUUUAAUAAGUACACUGUAGCAGUCCUCAGACACACAAGAAGAGGGCAUUGGAUCAUGUGUAUACCUACACACAUAGUUUUUUUUUAAAGCAUACAAACAUAUUCAUGUUCACAUAUAUUUGACACUUUUGUUUUAUUUGUUGGCUAGGAUGGUCUCAAACUUGUAAUCCUCUCUCACCCCAGUGCUGGAAUUACAAGCUACCAUGCCUGACUUUUUUUUUUUUUUUUUUAAAGAUUCAGUUACUUAAUGUACCACCCGAAGUACCCUCAAAUUUUCUGGAACACCCUGAGGUCAUAAUUGCCAAUAGAAAGCUGAGCCCUGGGGUUGGGGAUUUGGCUCAGAGGUAGAGCGCUUGCCUAGCAACCGCAAGGCCCUGGGUUCGGUCCCCAGCUCCGAAAAAGAGAAAAAAAAAAAAAAAAAAGAAAGCUGAGCCCUGGCCUGCUACUGCACAGAGUGGUCUGUACCAUGCACUGCCUGUCUGACUGUGUAGGUCAGGAGUACAGGGAGUGAUGCAGUUAUCCUUGGCAACUGAGCAGUCUUGAGGGCCAAAAAAGAAAUGUGCAGGGAUUGGGGAUUUAGCUCAGUGGUAGAGCACUUGCCUAGCAAACGCAAGGCCCUGGGUUUGGUCCCCAACUCCGAAAAAAAGAAAAAGAAAAAGAAAAAGAAAUGUGCAAAUGCGACCACUUAAAAUAGGUUUAAGAGAAAAUUUUAGGUUCGUAGGAGACCACACUUGGAGAGACUGACAGCAUCCACUGGUAAAUGGAUGGGCUCUAAACCUAUGGAAAAGACAGAAAAGUGGGGGUCCUGACUGUUUAUGGGGCAGGGAGGGCUAAGUUAUCUACACAUAGAUGAAAUGUUAAGGAAGGAAAUGACUAACCUAGGGAUUUAGAUCUUGCCGUGAGUCACCAAAACUGGCUUUAAAAAAGUCCUUUUUUUGCCACCUGUGUAUUCGGUAGCCGGUUGGCCAGACUGGAGGCCAGCGCUGUCCAUGGUAACUAGUUUUUGUGACUAAAAGCUUACAUUCAUUUCCUCCUUUCAUCUUCUUUCCAAAACAAAUCCGGGAGGGCCGGCACCCCUGUUUGGUACCCUGUAGGGAUGGGGUCAAAACCACCCGGGUCGCAGGCAAGGCGCACUGGUCGACAAGAGAUAGGCACUAAGGGUCUGGUUCCCGCCAGACCCUUGCUCUGGCUCCCGCUACACAGCUCAGGAAGCUGCUCCUCCAGAGGGCUGACGAACCGCCACUUCCACAGCGUCCAAUCAGAUGCAACUGGAGGCGGGACAAGUUUCUGUUGCUGGCUAAUCAGGUUUGUUUGGGCGGGGCUGCGGAGGGGCGGGAACGAGGUUUUCCCAGCCCUGAGAGACCCGGGCGCCGGUGGCGCGCGCUGGGCCCUGCUUUGCGCGCGCCCGCUCCCGAGCAGUCCCUCGGCGCGCUCUGCCCUCAGGGUCGCGGCGCCCGUCCCUCUCUGAUUCUGUCAAGGCCCAGGAACCUAGCUGGGGCAGGGACUGGAGCCGCGGGACGGCACCUGGAGCAGGCUCUCAGGGAGCCAUGGAGCUAAACACCAAGAAGAAGCUUCACGCCCUGUCCCUGGCUGAGAAAAUCCAGGUUCUGGAACUCUUGGAUGAGUCCAAGAUGUCCCAGUCAGAGGUAGCACGGCGCUUCCAGGUCUCACAGCCCCAGAUCUCACGUAUCUGCAAGAAUAAGGAGAAGCUGUUGGCAGACUGGUGCAGUGGCACAGCCAACCAUGAGCGGAAGCGGAAGCGUGAAUCCAAAUACAGUGGGAUCGAUGAGGCUCUACUCUGCUGGUACCACAUUGCCCGAGCCAAGGCCUGGGAUGUAACAGGGCCCAUGUUGCUCCACAAGGCCAAGGAACUAGCCGAUAUCAUGGGCCAGGAUUUCGUGCCCAGCAUUGGCUGGCUGGUCCGCUGGAAACGCCGAAACAAUGUGGGCUUUGGGACUCGCCAGGUCCUUGUCCCUCUGCUCCCUCCUGAACCUCCUCCUGCAGUUUCCCCCUCUCAGGCCCAGCCACCUCUUUCUCUUAAAGACUUCUCACCAGAAGAUGUUUUUGGCUGUGCCGAAGUACCCUUGUUGUAUCGAGCAGUGCCUGGCAGAGUGUUUGAAUGUGAUCGGUUGCAAGUAUUGCUGUGCGCCAACAGCAGAGGCACAGAAAAGAGAAGGGUAUUUGUGGGUGGGCUCCAGCCUGCCCCAAGAUGCUUCUUUGGGGUCAACAGUGAGGCACUGCCUGCCUCUUAUCACCCUGACUUAGCCAUUCCAUGGUCAGAGUGGCUGGCACAGUUCGACCAGGACAUGGGACAGCAGGGCCGACAGGUAGCCUUGCUGUUGGCUUCUGGAGUGGUAGAGGAAUGGGCCAGCCCUCCUGGACUCCACCACGUGCGACUCCUGCCUCUCUCCACCUCCAGCACCACUCCUUCCCUGCCUGGCUCUGUGGUUUUGGCCUUUAAGGCCCAUUACCGUCACCGUCUGCUGAGCAAACUAGCUGCCAUGCAGAGUGGGAAAGAGGGUACCUCACGUGCUGAGGCCAGGGCCAACAUCACAGUUUUGGAUGCUCUGCAUAUGGUGGCUGCAGCUUGGGCCAAAGUACCUCGCCAGCUCAUUUUGACCAGCUUCAUUCAAGAAGGGCUCGCUCCGGGCAAAACACCACUGUCUCUGGACAAAGAUACUGAGAUGUCACCGGUCCCUAGUGGGCUGAGCCAAGAGGAGUUUUCUCACUUUGUGGACCUGGAGGAUGAGGACCCAGGGCCUAGAGUAUGCAAAGAAGAGACCAGUACUGAAGACAAUGGGAGAGAAGAAGAUGGCUUUGAGUCCCUGCCCACCAAAGCUGAUGCCCUGAGGGCACUGUGCACCUUGAGGAGGUGGCUUGAAUGCAACAGCACCUCUCCAGAACUCUUCGAGAAAUUCUAUGACUGUGAGGUGGAGGUGGAGCAGCUCUGCUGUCUGUGAGGAGGCAUGGCUGCCUGUUGUCUCCCUCUCCUGUUUCCCAUGGAAACACCUCUCCAGAGGCAGACUGGCUCUUUCCUGUGGAAAUCAUAUGUGGAGGGUGUAGAAGGGAAGGAAGUUGGAACACAAAGUCUAAGAUCAGAGUAAAAGUUGUUGAACCCUAGAGUUUCUAUAGAUGGGGCCUCAAGAAUAAGAAUCUGAGCUGUGUAGCUUCUAGGCCCUGGUGAAACUUCUAGAGCUUUGUGGGGAGUUAGUCUAAAUAGGGUAGAACCUAGAAAGGUAGACUUCCUAACAGUGGCCCCAUUCCUUGAAUUUUGUGUCAAAACCAAUUCUGCUUCAGGAAAUAAAGUUUAUAACCAGAAA